UGCAACAGGAGCAGCAGAAACACAGAGGAGCUCCGUACCUCUGUCUCCCGGGUGGCCGAGUCCGGUUCUGCUCUCCGCAUCUGGACGGGACCUGGGGAGCCGGUCCGCCUGCACACAGACCCGCACGGGGGGAGCAGGAAGCUCCUCUCAGGUGAGCGUCCUGCUGACAGACGUCUGAGACGUAACCGGACAGAUCUGAGCUUCCUCGUGGGUUUUUCCUGCUGGUGGAUGAAGGUGUGGAAGGGGGCGUGACCUCUGGAAAAAUGCGGCCUGUCAGGUUUGGGUCCUCUGACCUGACGGGUCGGAAGCAUCGCGGCAGAGUCAUAUCCGUCCGUCUGCUCGCAGACUCCAGAGGUUUUCUCCAAACUACAGUUUAAUCUCAGCCGGAUUAGCUGAUCUUCAUCCUGACGCCGUCCUGAUCCUGAAGACACCUGGACCAAGAUGACCGUCAACCUGAGCAAGAACGGUCCGGCACUGACGGCGGCUUACCAGGAGGUGGUGGACGGGAAAUCCAGCACAAACUGGGCCUUGUUCACCUACGAGGGGAACAGCAACAACCUGCGCCUGGCAGAGAAAGGAGACGGAGGUCUGGAGGAGCUGCUGGAGGAGCUGAACAGCGGGAAAGUGAUGUACGCCUUCUGCCGAGUCCAGGACCCCAACUCCGGCCUGCCCAAAUACGUCCUCAUCAACUGGACAGGUGAAGGGGUGGCGGACUCGCGGAAAGGACUCUGUGCCAACCACGUGAGCUCGGUGGCCUCGUUUCUCAAGGGGGCUCACGUGACCAUAAACGCCCGCACCGAGGACGACGUGGAGCCCGAGACCAUCCUGGGGAAAGUGGCCAAGGCGUCCGGAGCCAACUUCAACUUCCACAAACAAACGCAGAACUACAGAGACGCUCCCAGAGGACCCGUGGGAUCUGUGUACCGGAAAGUCAACGCCGUGGAGGAGAUCCAGCAAACCAAGAAGGACGACUUCUGGGUCCAGACUCAGAGGGACGAGGAGAUCCGGAGGAAGGAGGAGAGCAGGAGAGCCGAGCAGGAGAGGCAGAGGAUGGAGAGGGAGAUGAGGGAGCAGGAGGAGCGGCAGGCGAAGGAGAGGGAGAGGAGAGCCAAUGAGAGGAACCAGCAGAUCGAGCGGGAGAGGGUUCUCCAGAAGAAGAGGGAGGAAGAGGAGCGAGAGAAGGAGCAGCAGAAGCAGCAGAUCCAAGAGGAAAACAGAAGCAAAGUGACGGGGAUCAACGCGGCGGCGUCCGUGCAGAAAGCUAACGAGGCGAAGUCGCUGAUUUCUCAGAGAUCCUUCAAUCCCAAAGACAUCUUCAAGCAGAGGGAGCAGAGCUUCAAGGCCAGCACCAGCCUGCCCCCCGCCUCCUCCAGACCCGGGAAGCUGCAGAGUCCGUUCCUGUCCCAGAAGUCGUUUGAGAGGGAAGUGCUCCCCAAGUCUCAGAGUCCCCCCGCCCCCAUCGUGCUCCCGACCCCCCCUGUGAAGGCCCCGUCUCCGGUCUCACCUGCCUCACCUGUGCUGGCCCCCGCAGCAGUGUCCUUCACACCUCCACAGCUCCCGGUCUUUCCUGUCCAGUCUGCAGAAGUCUCUUACCCUGAUGAGGAGGAGUGGUCUGAUGAGUUUGAUGAUGAUGCAGCUGAUGAUGCAGAACCUCUGAGCUCAGAGCCGUACGAGGCGCCGGUCGACCCCCACGAGAACCUGUACCAAAACACCGAACCGGCUGAAUACCAGGAUCAGGACUGGAAUGAGCAGGAACCAGAAUCCGGUCUGGGUCUGCGUGCCAGAGCUCUGUACGACUACCAGGCCGCGGAUGAAUCGGAGAUCACCUUUGACCCCGAUGACAUCAUCACCAACAUCGAGAAGAUCGAUGAGGGCUGGUGGAGGGGGGUGGGGCCAAGCGGGAAUUAUGGGUUGUUUCCCUCCAACUAUGUGGAGCUUCUGUAGGUUCCUUAAACGCUGGUUUGUCAGAAAUCUUCAACAAUAAAGGAAUAGUUCAA